AUGCGCCAAACUCUUCGCCGGUCCUGCGCAGCAUGUGCCAAAUCUAAAGCCAGCUGCGACCUUCGGACUCCACGCUGCUCUCGCUGUGUCAAGCGCGAGGCUCAGUGCGUGUAUGCAAACGAGCCCACGCCAGCGUCACCGGAAACUCUUGGACGAGAGGAUGGCGGGUCUUUAACGACCCUCGAUGGAGUCUCUUUGAGCGGCUACCAAUUCGGGUCCUUGGACCCUUUCGAUUCGUACCCGCGGACGAGACUUCCCCGGGAACACGUUCAACGUCUGAUCUAUAGCUUCCUCCACAAAAUUGCGUUCCAGUAUUAUCCCCUCGACCUCAAUGCAACAUCAAAUCCAUUCCUUAUCUCUUGGUGGCCACUUGCUCUGGGUGACCCGGCACUAUUUCAUGUAUCACUACAGACAGCUUGCCUUGAUGAGGAGCUGUUGGCCCAGAGGGGCUUCCAAGCUUCUGAAAUUCUCAUGGCCGACUCAGUGGCUUUACUUCGACGCAAAGUCGGAGAUGCGUCAUUGGCUGUCCAAGAUGGGACUAUGAAUUCUGUCAUCACCUUGGCCGCGAUUGAAUUUGGCAAAGGCAAUAUCAAAGUUAGUGAGAUGCAUGUUGGCGGAGUUAAAAAGCUGGUCGACAUGAGAGGUGGCAUCAAUUCACUGAGACAGACCAGCCCACUUACCGCAAGAAUGGUUGGAUGGGUAUCAAUGCUCGUUAUGGGCCAUCCCCAAUUCGAAACCCAGGACGACGUCGGCAUUGGGGAGGGUAUACCUCCCAUUCCGGAAUGGCAGCUGGACUCAGGCGUCCUUUAUAAUGAUAUAUCCGAGCCCUGCAUGAUGGACGUCGAUUAUGAAGUCAAAAACGUCUUUAUCCGUCUCCGCAACGUGUUCCAACGAGCACAACAAAUACCCUUCCCAACCACACAACUUCAUGACCUCACGUGUUUCGUCAUCCACCGACUUUUGCUCUCUGCUUCGGACAAGACAAACCCUCUCACCGAGUGCAUUCGCUACACAAUUAUACUUUACAUGUUCACGAUUCACGGCCCGACAUAUUACUCGCAUGCGAUUAUACAAAAUACGAUUGUCACCCGGUUGAUGAAGCAUCUCAUGCAACUUGAUUCGACGCCUAGCAUACACGAAUCACUGGAUGCCUGGUUUGUUGCAAUUGGAAUGGUGGCCUCUAGCGGCACGGCCCAUUACUUGUGGUUUAUGGAGAUAGCACGGGGUAUAGCUGAAUCUCUGCAGCUGAGAGACAGUACCGAUGCUCUCGUCCACAUCAAGAGUGUUCUAUGGCUGGACUCAGCUCAUGGCGAAGAUAUCUUUCAGCCUCAUUGGAAUGCUAUUCUUGAUUAUGCGGGUACAUCUAAAUCACUAGAGUACUCAGUGCAUGUCUCAUCAAGCAGCAUUAGCACAGAAAUUUCAUGA